AUGGCGGAGAAGACGCAGUGCUGUGGCCGUAAAUGGUGCGUCAGCGAUCCAUGUGGAAUCGUAUGCGCCGUUAUAACAUGGCUGCUGAUCGUGUAUAGUCAAUCUGUGGUAUUUCUUGUAUUAAUUCAUUCCUAUGAUGAACACUGGCUUCAUACUGGCGUCAAUUUUGUAUUGUUCGAAUUUUUGACAGCGUUGGCACUUAUUAGCCAUGUGAAAACAAUGUUAACUGACCCUGGCUCGGUGCCGAAAGGUAACGCUACUGAGGAACAUAUAGAACGGCUUCAAGCUGCAGAGGAAUUCAAGGUGAUCUAUAAGUGUCAGAAGUGCUGCAGUAUCAAACCGGAUCGUGCGCACCACUGCUCGGUUUGCGAUCGUUGUAUUCGGCGCAUGGAUCAUCAUUGCCCUUGGGUGAACAACUGUGUGGGCGAGGCGAAUCAAAAGUAUUUCGUUCUGUUUACG